CGAUGUUGACGUUUUGAGGUCCUUUAAACGUCAAACGCUGCACUGGUUGGCACAGUAGGGGGGCACAGGUGGUGCAUCAGCCGGUCAUCUCGGUCAUCUCGGUCAGUCGACCCGUGGCACCUGCUGGGUCUGCCCCGUGACCUCCUCCUGCCAGCGGGCGUUCGACACUUCAGGUGGCAGCCUCAAGGUGCACAUGGCCUGGCACAAGCGUCGUGGUGACGUCACCGCCACUUAGUGGCGAAUGGCGGUUGUUGUUGUCUGUAUGUGGCUAAAGCACAGCAAGUUGGCACAGUAGGGGGGCACAGGUGGUGCAUCAGCCAGUCAUCUCGGUCAUCUCGGUCAGUCGACCCGUGGCACCUGCUGGGUCUACCCCGUGACCUCCUGCCAGCGGGCGUUCGACAACUUCACGUGGCAGCCUCAAGGCGGCAUGAGUGGGGAUCUGGGAAGAGUCUUCGUCACUGUUGGCACCACGUCCUUCGAUGAGCUGAUUGAGACCGUCUCUUCUGAUGGAGCCACGCACGUGUUGAGGUCGCUGGGCUACUCGGAGUUGGUGCUGCAGGUGGGUCGGGGAGCGCUCCUGCCGGAACCCGACACGCGCCCAGGGUUCCGCUUGAGCGCGUUCCGCUACAAGGAUUCCCUGGCCGAGGAUAUGCAGGCCGCCUCGCUCGUCAUCAGCCACGCCGGUGCAGGAAGCUGCCUGGAGGCCCUGGGGUGUUCAAAGCCUCUGGUGGUCGUCAUCAACGAGAAGCUCAUGGACAAUCACCAGCUGGAGUUGGCCAUGCAGCUGCAGGAGGACGGCCACCUCUUCUCCUGCACGUGCAGCACCCUUGUGCAGACUCUACGCGAGAUGGAUCUCAAGACGCUGAAACCGUUCCCUCCAGGCCAGCCGGAGAAGUUUGCGCAGUUCCUGGACGAAGUGAUGGGCUUCACAUGACAGGCAAAGAAGCGAUUCGGUGGAUCCGCAGCGCAAACGCUCGUCAGCCCUGUCAUCACCCCCCGACGUGUCCUUGUAAACGCUGCGCGUUCGUGCAGCACAACCGUGAAAAAAAAACCGCUGAUGGGAAACUCGUCGCCGUCGCCUUGCACAUCCACGCUCGGUGGCGGUCGCGAGGUUUUCACCAUUGUAAAAUUGGUCGGCUUUGGUAAAUACGGGUCGUGGCGAGGCGAUCCAUUUGUUGAAAACCCCAUGAAAGUAAAAGGGAGAAAUUUACAGAAAAGCGUUUUUAUUUCAAAACCUAAACACACCUGCCGCCAAUCUCAACAUACCGAUGAAAAUGUUACUCUCCACUCGAAGAUACGGAGUCAACCCUUGCAGCAAGUCAUUAGAAAUCAGUGGGGUAUAUAUAAAUGGAUCACCCCUGCCUCGUAUGGUAAUGGGGACCGUCGUUAUACGAUGAAUGUGCUAUCUGGCAGGCAGAUGUGAGCACAUGACACCCGAGUUUGACGUAAGCGAGAGAGAUUCAUUGCAUCUUACCUGUUAUAUUGAUCCCAAUGGCUACACAUAAAAACAGAAAAUACCUGUUUAAUCUUGGAGAAUUCACUCUUUUUAAAUACUUUAUAUUAAGUUCACUUGCGUGCUUGCUUGCGCGCUUACGACCGUGCAAAUCUUUCGGUCGUUUUUAACCCACUUCCCGUGAUCCAAUCGAGCUGACAUUUUGCACACAGACUCGUGAAAAAAAAAUUCAAAAAUUUUACACUUUUUAGGAAAAAAUAAAUUAUAUUUAAUUACCAAUUGCUUAAUGGUGGCAGGCAAUCAUCUGACCCAUAGGUGGCAGCCAUCUCAAGCCAGAGGACGAGAGGACUCUAGCCGCCACGCAUAUAAAGGAUUUAUAGUGAAAAACUUUGUUUUUACGGGUUAAUUUUUUGCUGCUGAUCCAAACACCACAGGAGUGCCCUCAUCUGCAAUUGCACCCAAAGCACCAUCUCUACCAGCACGGCCAUGUGACUCCAACCUCGAACAGGGCCACUUCCUAAAAAUGUGCGACCUCACAAGCGUCUCCUCCUCCUUUUCCCAAUGUCAGCUGAUCUAUGACGAUAACGAGUUGCUUCAGUCAGUGAGUUGGCUCCAGCUGAUAUUUUGGCCCAUUGAGAAUGAACUUGUGAUCUUGGGAGCUCUUGCACCUCGAUCCUUAAUGCCUCUCCUGGGCUUAAAGCUCACGUAAUAUCAGUGCUGGACAUUGGAGGCAGGCAGGCCUGUCUAACGCAACUUGCCGCUUAUGUAAGAUUCAUGCCUGGACAGGAAGUUGUUCCUGCGAUUGGAAACAUUUCGAAAAAGCAGAUUAAAAUUCACCGUAUAUGGGCAGGGCCUCUGUGAUCCCCUCUGACUUUUCUCCAGUGCUGACUCUCAAACGCAUCUCCUUGAAGAAGGGACCAGCUGCAUUUUAAAAUCCUUUAUAUGAAGUUCACUUGCUUGCUUGCUUAGGACUGUGCAAAUCUUUCGAUCGUUUUUUAACCCACUUCCCGUGAUCCAAUCGAGCUGACAUUUUGCACACAGACUCGUUGUGCGUGACAAUGAAUUUCGUGAAAAAAAAUUUUUUCCAAAAUUUGUCACCGUUUAGGGAAUUUUUUUUUUAAUAUUUAAUUACCAAUUGCUUAAUGCUGGCAGACAAUCAUCUGACCCAUAGGUGGCAGCCAUCUCAAGCCAGAGGACGAGAGGACUCUAGCCGCCACGCAUAUAAAGGAUUUAUAGUGAAAAACUUUGUUUUUACGGGUUAAUUUUUAAAUCCUUUAUUCACCUUCAACUGCAAUCUGCCAGUUUCCUCUGUGCCACGCGCAAUGCUGGGACCUCCUGUUUCAAUUCGUCCAGUCAGCGCUCCCCCCAUUCCACCUCGAUGUCCCCUUGCAUGAGAAACGCUCCUGGGUUUUACUCCAAGCUUUGUAACGCCACCGGGAAUCUCUUUUUGCCGUGCCUCUAAAAUAAGCCUCCCAAGAAAGCCGUGAAAAAUAAACAAUGCAAAGUUGA